UCCCUCCAGCAGCUCACCCCACACACCUGCUUCCUGUUUCCCUGAUUGCUCCUCCCAGUGUAUUUAAGCCCUGUCUGUCUCUGUGUUCUUGUUGGUCCAUUAAUGUUUGCUUGUUGUUCUUGUCAGUCUCGUUCCUGUUCCUAGCAGCCAGUGUUCCAGUGUCUCUAGUCCUCUAGUGUUUUUAUUGCUCAGUUAUUAGUUUUUUGGGUUUUGGCUCCCUGCCUGUGGACUACUCCUAAAUAAAGGAUUUAUUUUCAUCAUCUACCUCCUGCUUGGUUCAUCUGGUUUUUCUGCAUUUUGGGUCCUACACAUCCUACCACAUCAAAUCCUGACAGUGAAACCCUUUACGCACAACCUACAUGGCAAAAACUAGCAAACUGAAUUAAUCAAACCAUAUUUAUUCAUUUUUGCACCUGACACUGUGGCUCUGUAGUCUGUGAUGUGAGGAAACUGGAGCAGCUUCUUUCUGUGUGAAGAAAAUGGAGCACCUCAAAUAAAGUUUCCUGUUGUCUUUCUCCUCCUGAUGCUACCAGAGAAGCUCUAGAACCGUUCGGAUUGGAAACAUUUCACCGAAAGUCUGCUCCAGAUCACACCUCGUAGUUUAUCGAAGGCAAAUGUGUGAGCGUCAUGGACCAAGGUGUUGUGGACAAUCCUGUCAUCCUCGUCAUCAGGGCUCCCAACCAAAAAUACAAUGACCAGACAAUCAACUGUUACCAGAACUGGACUGUAGAGAAACUCAAAGCCCACCUGUCUGACGUGUACCCCAGUAAACCUAGCUCUAAAGACCAGAGGCUGGUGUAUUCUGGAAAACUGCUUUUGGAUCACUUCACCUUAAAAGAUGUGCUCCGGAAGCAGGACGAGUACCAUAUGCUCCAUCUGGUGUGUGCCUCCCGGACCCCCCCCAGCUCCCCGAAGCCGCCUCGAUGUCGCGGUAACAAGCCUCAGGAGAGCGCAGCCAGUCCCACGGCUCCGCCACAUUCUAAUAGUCAGGAUGGCCCGAUGUCCUCAGGGGCGGGCGGUGAUGGGAUGAGACAGCAAGCUGGAGCUCUUCCUUAUCACCAGAUGUAUCCACAGUUUAUACAGAGCUGGAGCCAGUACCCGCUGAAUACCCCCCCGACACACCUACCUGCCUAUUACAACCCUUUGACACUAAUGUGGUGGCAGCAGCUCUACGUCAGGCAGUACUACAUGCACUAUCAGCUGUUGGCCGCCUCCUCCCAGCACUUCAGACCCGAUCAGCCUUCGACUCAGUCCAGUCAGACAGAUCCUCAGAGCCGGCAACCUCAGGUGGGUCGCCACGGCAACCCGGAGGUCCAAAUGAACGCCCAGGGAGGGGAGAUCCUGAAUGAGGAGGAGCUGAACAGGGACUGGCUGGACUGGGUGUACACGUUUUCUCGGUUGGCCAUCCUACUCAGUAUAGUCUACUUCUACUCGUCCUUCAGCCGCUUCGUCAUGGUGACGGUGGCCAUGCUGCUGCUCUACCUACACCAGACCGGCUGGUUUCCCUUCAACCUGGAGAACGACCUGCAGCUUCCAGGAGACCUUCCCAAUCAGGAGGAUGUGGAUGGAGACCAACAGAACCAAGACGCACAAGAAAUGGACGGAGUGAACGAUGACGGCUCAGAUGAAGAUGAUGAUGAUGAUGAUGGAGGAGAAAGUGGAGAGGAAGGCGCAGAAGAUCCCAACAGCACCCCUAAUGCAGGCUUCCUGUCUUCCACGUGGUCUUUUAUCAUAACAUUCUUCAUGUCGCUCAUCCCAGAAGGACCGCAGAACGUCGCUAACUGAGCUCCAGCGGAGCAGCUUUAGUUUUUAAGAAGAAGACCCUUCCUUUUUACCGGUUCUCUGCGUUUUGAGCCAAAACACAAAAAACCAGUCACGUCUAACUGGGGAAAAAACAUAAAAACAAAGGUUUCUAAGUGUCCAGUGACCGAAACGUUGCUUUACUGGCUAUGUGCUGAGAUUUAAAGAGGACAAAUGUAACUGCUCUACUACGAUUUGACGGCUGUUGGAAUAGUUUUGUUUUUAUUUAAACAAACUUUGGUUGUAGUGGUUAAAAUAACAUGAGACACUUUAUGAAAAGGCCACUUUAGUAUAAAGUAUUAGCUUCUGUGAAUAAUGAAUCGUUGCACUUAUGUUUGAAAUCACAUGAAGAGUUUGGUCUGAAAGGUUCUGAAAGUGAUCGAGGUUUGGGUCGUCUUGAGGAGGUGACUGAGAGGAAUUACAGGAUAAAAUACAGACACGGCGGCAUUUAAAGAGCAGUUUUUUUUAUUGUGGAGAAAUAAAACAUGUUCUUGGUAAAAUAUGCACUGCCAAAAUGCAGAGUUCAUUUAAGUCUAACAGUACACACCUUAGGUUGUCAGAAAUGACUGCGGCCACACUAACAUGUCUGUGAAAUAAGAAUUAUAUUCAUGUUUAUUAAAACAACGUCAAGUGAAA